UAUAGUGAUUUUAUUUUUGAUAUAAAACGUUGGUUUUUUGUGUGAAAAAAAAAAUAUGCAAGACUGGUUUUAAAUCUAAUUACCAAAAAUUUUAUUCGUGCAUGAGUUUACAAAAAAUAAAUUCUCUAAUUGUCCCUUCAUAAAUGUCCAGCGCUUGCGUGAUUUUUCCAGGAGAGCAACAGAAAAAAGUAGCGGGACAUUGGGGUGGUUUUGUUGAAAAAAAUAUCAGUAUGAUUUCGAGACAUCCUGGUGGAUAGAUUAACCGGCUUUUUCAAUGUCUUUAAUUCGACUUAUUUUACUCAUCGCAAUUGUCACUAAAAUUGGGCAUUGUGAUGAACACGAGUAUAGAUUAAUGAAAUAUUUAAUGAAUGGAUAUGAUGCUGGUGUUAGACCAGCUAAAAAUGCAUCACAACCAAUGGUUGUUGUUUUUGGACUAUCACUUCAUCAUAUCAUUGACGUGGAUGAAAAAAAUCAAAUUCUCACGACAAAUUGCUGGAUAACACAAAUUUGGACUGAUCAUCAUUUGAUGUGGAAUAUAUCUGAGUUUGCUGGUAUCAGAGUAUUGAGAAUACCUUAUUCACGUAUUUGGCUACCUGAUACUAUUCUUUACAACAAUGCAGAUCCACAAUAUAGUUCAGCAGUUAUAAAUACAAAUGUCAUUGUGAGUCACACUGGACAAGUUAUUUGGUUGAGCCACGGUGUAUAUCGUAGCACAUGCAAUAUUGAAAUUGAAUUUUUUCCAUUUGAUGAACAGAGAUGUGCGCUCAAAUGGGCUUCAUGGACAUAUGAUGGAUAUCAACUUGAACUUGAGGCUCAAAGUGAAGCUGGUGAUACAAGUAAUUAUCAAGUAAAUGGUGAAUUUGAUUUACUUGAUUUUUCAGCUCAAAGAAAUAUUGAAUUUUAUUCAUGUUGUCCAGAGCCAUAUCCUGAUAUAACAUAUGAAAUACGUUUACGACGUCGUCCAAUGUUUUACGUUUUUAAUUUGAUAUUACCAUCUCUUUUAGUAUUCUACGUUCCAUCCGAGUCAGGUGAAAAAGUUACCCUUGGGAUAUCUGCACUUUUAUCGAUGACUGUAUUUUUGAUGACCAUCAGGGAGACACUUCCACCCACUGAGAAAACUCCUCUCAUAAGUUUGUAUUACGGUGUUAGUAUUUGUCUAGUGUCCUUUGCAUCGGGUUUAGCUGUUGUUACACUUAAUCUACAUCAUCGUGGAAUAAGAGGAACAAGAGUACCAACUCUAAUUAAAUCGCUUAUCCUUGAAAAAUUAGCGAGACUAAUAUUUUUUAAUUUUCAAGAUGAGACACCAAAAGAUACAAAUGAAAAUUAUCAAGAAGAGACAACAAGAAGACGACAAUCAUGUCCACUUCAUUUUUCAAUGGAAAUGCAACAACAACAACAACAAUCAUCACAAAAAUAUAUCGAUAGAAAUUCAGAUAAUAAUAGUAGCAGUAGUAAUAUUAGUAGUCCAAGUAUUAAUUUGGCAAAUAGUAAUAAUUUAGAAAUUCAUUGGUUAAAAAUAUUACAACGUGUACAUUCGACAAUUGAAAAAAAUGAAAAGAGACUUGUUGAACAAGAUAAUCGUCAACGUUCUGAGCUUGAAUGGAAACAAGUUGCACUUGUAAGUGAUCGUGCAUUAUUAUGUAUAUUUUUUUUAACAACAGCAAUAAGUACAGCUAUUAUUCUCAGUGGUUCACCACCAGUUGAUCCAAUUGUACCAAAAGGUUAAUCAAUUUUAAUUCAAAUCUACAAUAUCAUUGUAAAUAUUUCGAAAAAAAAACAACUUCAUUAUAAAGCUUCUCUUCUUUAA